CUCUCAACGCGCAAUACCUUAUGUGCUAGCAUCCAAUCUUCUUGUCUAAAGCGAUCUCCAAUGGAGCCGCUCAGUCAUGGCAGUCCAUUACCUCAACCAUGCAAUUUCCACCAUCAAUAAUUUAAUCUAUUUGCUCCAAAGCUGAAAAGACAACUUCAAGUUCCCGGGAGGAGAAGGAAAAUAUACCUAAACAAAUACAUUGGGAGUCUUCCAAAACCUUCCAAAUGAAACUGUCCUUUUGAUGGUCUCCUUUACGACUAGGCAGUAAAAGUUCCACCAGGUGAGAAGAGUGAUGACCAUCCUGUUCCUUACUAUGGUAAUUUCGUACUUCAGUUGCAUGAAAGCCGCCCCCAUGAGAGACGCCGCCGGGAUGCGGGGGCACAGAGCAGAGGGCUACCUGGGAGCAACAGCACCACAAAGCCACGGGACUCUAGAGAGUGGCGGCGGGGCCCAGCGCAGAGGGUUGCCGUCGCUGACGGACACAUUUGAGCAGGUGAUCGAGGAGCUGCUGGAGGUGGAGGGCGAGGCACAGCUGGCCAGCAACGGGCCCGGAGACAAGAGCCAAGGUGAUGUUGUCACGGAGUCCAAAGAUGUCGACUUGUACGCAUCACGGGUGAUGAUCAGCAACCAAGUGCCUUUGGAGCCGCCACUGCUCUUUCUCUUGGAGGAAUACAAAAACUACCUAGAUGCAGCCAACAUGUCCAUGAGGGUUCGGCGACACUCUGACCCGUCACGGCGUGGAGAGCUGAGCGUGUGUGACAGUAUUAGCCAGUGGGUGACGGCCGUGGAUAAAAAGACGGCAAUAGACAUGUCUGGGCAGACAGUCACCGUUCUGGAGAAAGUCCCGGUGCCCAAUGGCCAACUGAAGCAAUACUUUUACGAGACCAAAUGCAACCCCAUGGGAUACACAAAGGACGGCUGCCGGGGAAUAGACAAGCGGCACUACAACUCGCAAUGUCGGACAACCCAGUCUUACGUGCGGGCGCUCACCAUGGAUAGCAAAAAGAAAAUUGGUUGGCGAUUCAUAAGGAUAGACACUUCCUGUGUAUGCACAUUGACCAUUAAGAGGGGAAGAUAG